AUGGUUGUCAUUGCCAUCAAGUGCCCAACAAUUGAGGUGGUGGUUGUCGACAUCUCCAAGCCCCGCAUUCACGCCUGGAACAACGACACCCUCCCGAUCUACGAGCCCGGCCUCGAUGAUGUUGUCAAGGCGUGCAGGGGCAAGAACCUCUUCUUCAGCACCGACGUCGAGAAGCACAUUGCCGAGGCCGACAUCAUCUUUGUCUCGGUGAACACCCCCACCAAGACCCACAGUCUGGGAGCCGGCAAGGCUGCCGACCUCACCUACUGGGAGAGCGCAGCCCGGAUGAUUGCCGACAUGUCCAACUCCGACAAGAUCGAUGUUGAUGAGUCCACUGUCCCUGUCAAGACCGCAGAGGCCAUUGAGAAGAUCCUGACCCACAACAACAAGGGCAUCAACUACCAGAUCCUGACCAACCCAGAGUUUCCUUGCCGAGGGCACGGCGACCGACGACCUGUUCAAGCCCGACAGAGUGCUCAUCGGUGGCCGGGAGACCCCCGAGGGCAGGAAGGCUGUCCAGGCCAUCAAGGAGGUGUACGCCUACUGGGUGUCCGAGGAGAACAUCGUCAUCACCAACCUGUGGUCUGA